AUGUCAACUACGCAAAGUAGUGAGAGCAUACAUGCUUUCUUUGAUGGAUAUAUCAAUUCUACAACAAGUCUAAAUCAGUUCAUGAAACAAUAUGAUAAUGCUCUUAGAAGUCGGGCAGAAAAGGAAUUUGAAGCUGAUUUUAAUUCGAUGGAUACAACAAUUCUAUGUGGGUCAAACUCGUCCAUUGAGAAGCAAUUCCAAAGUGAGUUUACGAAUGCCAAAUUCAAGGAAAUUCAAGUGGAAUUCAGAUCUAAAAGGAAUUGUUCUGCCUCAUUAAAUAGCAUGGAAGAUUGCUUUGCUACGUAUCAUGUGUUGGAGGAGAUAUUAGUUGGAGACAUACGCAAAGAGCGAGUCUUAAAAGUUGUGCUUAAUAAGGAAAACCACGAUUUCAAAUGUGAAUGCUCAUUAUUUGAGUUUAGAGGUAUUGUGUGUCGGCAUGUGUUAUCCGUGUGUAGUCAGGAGAGGAUUGAGUGCAAUAUUGGAAUGGUGGAAAAUCAGUUUGGAAGUAAUAUUUGUGUAGAAUCAUCUCUUGAGGUUGUUAAUAGAGAGCAUUACUUAGAUUCGAGUAUUGUGAUUGGAAAUUGUAUGUCAUUCAUGGAUCUUUUGACAACAUGUGAAACAACCUUGACGGGUUCAUCUCAAGUUAUUCAGGUGGAAUAUUCGGGUGGGAUGUUGAAAGAUUGUAAAUUGAAUUUUGUAUUAAUCCAAAUUGUAAAUGGUGCAUCCCAGACUUGGUUAAUACACUGCACGAAGUUGGUUAAUGGAAGUUUAACUUCGGUUAGUGCAGUGCCACACUUUAAAACAAGAAAAAUUGCAGUCCCAAACUUGGUUAAUACAUUGCACGAAGUUGUUAAUGCAGUGCCAGACUUCAAAACAAUGGAAAUUGCAGUCCCAGACUUCAAAACAAUGGAAAUUGCAGUCCCAGACUUGGUUAAUACAUUUCACGAAGUUGGUUAA